GUGGCACUAGAGACCUAGUCUCUAGUCUCAGUGUCUAAGGUUCCUACCCUAGGCUCUAUCUGAAAGAGUAUCAUCAUCCAUAGGGGUCCUUCUCCAGACAUGCUUCCUGAGGCCGGUUCCCUGUGGCUACUGCGGCUGCUCCGGGAUAUCCAGCUGGCCCAGUUUUAUCGGCCCAUCCUUGAGGAGCUUAAUGUCACUCGGCCAGAGCAUUUUGACUUUGUAAAGCCUGAGGACCUGGAUGGCAUUGGCAUGGGCCGGCCUGCCCAGCGCAGACUGGCUGAAGCUCUGAAGAGACACCGUUUGGGAGUCAAGUCUAAGAACUGGGUUUACAAGAUUCUUGGGAGUUUUGCCCCUGAGCAGAAAGAGACCAUCCGACCCUCAGACAGCCUUCCAUGCCUCUCUGAGCCAGAAGGGAGACUCAAGUGUCUGAUCCCAGAGGAUGCUGUGUGCAGAAGGGAGCUGCUGGGCUCAGGCUGCUUUGGCGUGGUACAUCGAGGACUGUGGACACUGCCCAGUGGCCAGAGUAUCCCAGUGGCUGUCAAGUCCCUCCGGGUAGGUCCCGAAGGUCCCAUGGGCACAGAGCUGGGAGACUUCCUGCGAGAAGUAUCUGUCAUGAUGAAAUUGGAGCACCCACAUGUGCUGCGUUUGCAUGGCCUUGUACUGGGUCAGCCUCUGCAGAUGGUGAUGGAGCUGGCACCAUUGGGCUCCCUACACGCGCGCCUGACAGAGCCGGCCCCAACACCCCCGCUGCCAGUGGCCCUGCUGUGUCUUUUUCUGCGGCAGUUAGCUGGAGCCAUGGUGUACUUGGGGGCCCGUGGACUGGUACACCGGGACCUUGCUACACGCAACCUGCUGCUGGCCUCGCCACGCACUAUCAAGGUGGCAGACUUCGGGCUGGUGCGGCCGCUGGGCGGGGCCCGGGGCCGCUAUGUCAUGGGCGGGCCCCGCCCUAUCCCCUAUGCCUGGUGUGCCCCAGAGAGCCUGCGCCAGGGAGCCUUCUCGUCAGCCUCUGAUGUGUGGAUGUUUGGAGUGACCUUGUGGGAGAUGUUCUCUGGGGGUGAGGAACCUUGGGCUGGGGUUCCACCAUACCUCAUCCUGCAGCGACUGGAGAAGGACCGAGCUCGGCUUCCAAGGCCUCCCCUGUGCUCCAGGGCCCUCUACUCCCUCGCCUUACGCUGCUGGGCCCCUCACCCUGCGGACCGGCCUAGCUUUUCCUGCCUGGAAGGGUUGCUGCAAGAGGCCUGGCCUUCUGAAGGAUGCUGCGUGAGGAGUGUCACAGAGCCAGGAGCCCUGCGGAUGGAGCCCGGUGACCCCAUUACUAUCAUUGAGGGCAGCUUCUCUUCCCACAGCCCAGAUUCCACAACCUGGAAGGGACAGAAUGGACGCACCUUUAAAGUGGGCAGUUUCCCAGCCUCAGCAGUGACGCUGGCAGACUUGGGGGGCUCUCCAGCCACCCGCCCAGUCCACAGAGGCUCUCCAGCCCGAGGAGAGCAACACAGGGGAAGCAUAGAUGGGGACAGAGAGAAGGCAAAGCCUCGGGAUCUACCUCCAGCAUGGGGCCAGAGAAGGAAGGCACCCUUGCAGAGGAUGAAAGGUAUUUCCAAGAGUUUGGAGUCAGUUCUGUCCUUGGGCCCUCGCCCUACAGGGGGUGGUUCAAGCCCCCCUGAACUUCGACAUGCAAGAGCUGUGCCUCAAGGACCCCCAGGCCUGCCUCCACGCCUGCCUUUUACCUCCAACUCUUCUCAGCCCAGCCAGCCCCCUAGGGAACGACCUCCUUGGCCCAAAAGAGAACCCCCACACAAUCACCGCAUUGGAGUGCCUGGAGCCAGUAAAGCCACUGUCUCCUCUGGAGGCCUCUUGCUUGACCCUGAGUGGCAGAGGAAAAUUACAGAGAUGGAGCUGAACGUGCAUGGAGUCACUCACCAGGAGUGCCAAGCAGCACUAAAAGCCACUGGGGGAGAUGUUGUUUCUGCCAUCCGGAACCUCAAGGUAGACCAACUCUUCCACCUGAGUAGCCGGUCUAGAAUGGACUGUUGGCGCAUCCUGGAGCACUACCAGUGGGACCUCUCUGCUGCCAGUCGUUAUGUCCUGGCCCGGUCCUGAGCUCUACUGUCUUAGCCAUGGACACCAGCACAGAAUGCCUUGGCCCCUCAGGGCCUGCCAUGUAAGAUUAAGCAGAACCAGAAUAAGGUCUUGACAGGAGCAGACUUUCCCACCUUGGGAGAUCCCAUUUGCUAUAGGCAGAUACAGGAAAUGUCCAGGGGAGCACACAGUUGGUCACUGACAAAUGUUUCCUCCAUACCCUGCUCCUUGGCCUCUGAGGGCCUAAGCUCCCUUGGCUGGUUCAAGAAGGAUCAAGUCCACCACACUCCCAAAGAAGAGGAGGAUUUAGAAGGAAAAGAGCUGGAACAUGUCUUAUCCAAAGGAUGCCUCUCAUCACAACAGAAAGUGAUCAAGGCAUCACACUGGACCAUGGGAAUAGCCAUCCUGAAGUGUUAUUAGCUACCUCACUGGACUCUGUGGGGCCAAGAUAGUGGAAGCAGCCAUAUUGACUUGGGGCAUAUGGUUCAAACAGUCCUCCCCAUUAUCGGUAAUGAAAAUUGCCCUCCUGGACUUAAGGAUAUUUGAUCCUUGAAGAAUAGGAGAUAGUUCCCUUUGUUUUUUCCCACAUCAACUCUUUCUUCUACCCUCCCCCAUUACAUACAUCUUCAAAUGUUCAAAAAGUU